AUGCCAAUAACAUUUAAUUUCCACCCUAGUGACAGGAGCCGAAGCAGCAGCGCAGGUUGUCCCCGUUUCCCCUCCCCCUUCCCUUCUCCGGUUGCCUUCCCGGGCCCCUUACACUCCACAGUCCCGGUCCCGCCAUGUCCCAGAAACAAGAAGAAGAGAACCCUGCGGAGGAGACCGGCGAGGAGAAGCAGGACACGCAGGAGAAAGAAGGUAUUCUCCCUGACAGAGCUGAAGAGGCAAAGCUAAAGGCCAAAUACCCAAGCCUAGGACAAAAGCCUGGAGGCUCCGACUUCCUCAUGAAGAGACUCCAGAAAGGGGUAUGGGGCAUAGUCUCUUACCCUCUUUCUUUGGAGCCAAAGGGGGUUCUUGGAAUGAAGUCUGUAGAGGUUCUACUGGAUCCUUUUCUGGAGGUUUUGUUGUUGAACAGAAGUAGAGGCGAAUUUGAAAUUUGAAAAGAGCAAGUCAAAUUAAUGUAAAUCCCUGAUGUGGUAUCAAUUCCCUCCUGAUUUUCCAUGUAGGAAAUUAAGGCCUAAAUUGGAGCAUUUGGGUGUGUGGGGAAAUGAGGGAAAGAUGUUAGAAACUGAAAUGCAGACUGCCCCCAGGCAUUUGCCUGUUUGAAUGUUGGAGAUUUUAGGAUUGUGCACUUUUUAAGCAUUAGAGAUAAAUUUUGGGAUGCAUCAUUUCAGAAGAAGAUCGAACCAUCUCUCCUACAGAAAUAAAUCCUCAAC